UGAGGGAAAAAAGCUCUCAUCCAAUGUUAAAAGUUUAAAGCAGCAACAAACUUCUGAACAUCCAAUCAGGAAGCAAACCAACAAAUUUCACUCAGAAACUCAUAGCGAGGCUCGAUUUUGACAUCAUUCGAGACAUCACAGCCUACUCACUUUUCUUCCUCCCUCUACAACAAUCAUGCCUCCACAAUUACCAGCGCUUACCGUGUAUUGUCGCUCAGCGCCGACAUUGGCCACUCCUCUGGCUGCAUUUCUUGCGCCAUCUAUGCAAGCUCGAAGCGCUUCGAUUCUUGCAACUCUGUCGGAUAAUCCUGGGGCAUAUAAUAAACGUAUACGAAAAGGUCGAGGUCCAUCAUCAGGCAAGGGAAAGACAUCAGGGCGUGGUCACAAGGGUCAGAAGCAGCAUGGAAAAGUACCAGCACGGUUUCAGGGUGGUCAAACACCACAAGAUGUCGUCCAUGGUGUGAGGGGAUUUGAGAAUCAGUAUGAAUCUCCCACUUUUUCUAUGCCCAAUUGAGAUUUACUAUUCAUUCCGAGAAGUAUUCAUGCCAGCAAGACUAAUUUAUUUCUCAGUUUUUCUGUUGACAUGUCUCCGAUAAAUCUUAAUCGCAUACAAGAUUGGAUUGACCAGGGCCGACUCGAUCCCACACGAACUAUCACUUUGAAGGAGUUAGCAGACUCUCGAUGUUUACACGGAAUGAAAGACGGUGUAAAACUACUAGCGAGGGGGAAGGAGGAGUUGAAGACACCAAUCAAUAUUCUAGUAUCUCGGGCUUCGGCAGCGGCAAUCGAGGCAGUGGAGGCGAUUGGAGGAACAGUUACAACCAGAUUCUACACAAAACCAGCGAUUAAGAGACUUUUGGCAGGCGAAUCUGUCUCCAGUUCCGUCCCACUUUCAGCAAUCGACGCCCAGUUAGUCAGCGACUCACCAAUCCUCACGGCCGCUUCUGCCGCGUCACCUUUUUCGUACCGCUUGCCUGAUCCCACGAGUCGUAAAGAUAUUGAAUAUUACAGAGAUUCGGCGCAUAGGGGAUACUUAAGCCAUCAAGUGGAGGAGGGUCAAGGACCAAGUUUGUUCUUUAGAGCUCCUCGAACUGGAAGUUUCCACAAGAAGUCGAAGAAAACAGGUACAGCUGCUGCGGCGAGGGAUAACAGAAUCUGGUAGACGAUACCAUUGUAUAUUAAAAUCAUGGAACGGCUGUGUCGUAUGGUUUGCAGUUCAUAGUAGGCUGAAGUUUCUUCUCUGUCUUACCGACCUUCAUAAUUCAGCGUCAAGGACAGCAGGCGGCGCCGAUUCAUUCCGAUUUUCGCAACUAUGCCCAUUCCUCUGCAGGCAUACCAUAUCACGAUUCAACGAGAAGAAGACAGACCAAGUUGCACGAGCCUUGGCCUCAUUUAUAGUUCUGGUAUGGCUCGCAGCUUUGGAUUUAGGUCCGAUUUGGCGAAGAAAUCAAAGUGCAAUGCAUUUGUAGUAACCUGGAAAGUUUCGAAAGAAUGCCUCGCGUACUGCUUUUGCGCCAACAGACAUGAAGAAUUGUAGAAUCUUACCUAUAUUGCCUAUGUCUCCAGGAUCAUACUCUUCUACUUAAAACAUCUCUCUGAAAUCCCAAAUCGAACAUUCUUACAUUACCAAGACUAUGAGCAACUAGAGUAAAUAUGAUACCUCCAUGCCUAACCACCAUUAGAACAUUGUAAGUCCAUACAUCAUCAAUAGCAAAGGUCAGCGUUGAGCUUUUGCAUGAAUU